AUGAGCGUGAGUAGCAGCACCUAUGAGGAAGAGAACACAACGCCUAAUGUGAUAGCACAGAAGUAUAUCGUGGAGCAGGAAAUCGGUAAGGGGUCGUUCGCCACCGUUUAUAAGGGCCGUCUGGCUUCGAAAGGCGUGGAUAGCAAGGACUUUGUGGCCAUCAAAGCGGUGUCGAGGUCGAAGUUGAAAAAUAAGAAGCUGCUGGAAAACCUGGAAAUCGAAAUUGCAAUUUUGAAGAAGAUCAAGCACCCGCAUAUCGUAGGACUCAUGGAUUGUGAACGCACAAGCUCUGAUUUCUUUCUUAUCAUGGAGUACUGCGCGCUAGGCGACCUUACUUUUUUCAUCAAAAAGCGUAGAGCGCUCAUCGAAAAGCACCCUUUGGUACGAACGAUGUUGGAAAAAUAUCCUCCUCCCAGCGAGUCACACAACGGUCUUAAUAGAGUCCUGGUGGUCAACUAUUUGCAGCAGCUUUCAUCUGCGCUUUCGUUCCUAAGGUCAAAAAAUCUCGUUCACCGAGACAUCAAGCCUCAAAACCUACUGCUGUCAACGCCGCUUGUUAACUACCACGAUCCUGAAACGUUUCACAAACUUGGGUUUGUUGGAAUCUAUAACCUCCCGAUAUUAAAGAUUGCCGAUUUCGGCUUUGCUAGGUUUUUGCCUAAUACCUCACUCGCCGAAACCCUAUGUGGUUCUCCGCUCUAUAUGGCUCCAGAGAUCCUGAAUUACCAGAAGUACAAUGCUAAAGCUGAUCUUUGGUCUGUCGGCACUGUACUUUAUGAAAUGUGUUGCGGCAAACCUCCUUUCAAAGCCUCUAAUCACCUUGAGCUAUUCAAAAAGAUAAAGAAGGCGAACGAUGUGAUUUCGUUUCCUUCUUAUUGCAAACUGGAACCUGAAAUGUGCGAACUUAUAUGUGGACUUUUAACUUUUGAUCCUGCCCAGAGAAUGGGAUUCAGCGAGUUUUUCAGCCAUGCAAUUGUAAAUGAAGAUCUGUCCAAAUAUGAGAAAGAAGUGAUUCCUGAUCUCGACGACAAGUCCAAGGACGUUGCUGGCAGCAACAUGUUCAUUUCCGAAUAUUUGGCGCGACCAGAUGAGAAACGAAAGGCCAUGACGCCCCUUAAUGAAGAAGCAGUGUCAUAUUCCGACCCUUCUAAACCUGAUUCUUCACAAACGAUACCUGUCGUGAGAGGCAGUCGCAGCAAGGAUGAAAACACGAUCACAAAUGCGCUGGAAAACUCAAUUACACGUCCGGACACAUCUAUCGAGAAGGAAUACGUUAUGGUGGAGAAGAAGAGCGUGGAGGUGAAUGCCUUAGCAGAUGAAUUUGCUCAUUUAGGUUCUCGUGAAGACACUCUGCAUGAAAAACGCGCCUCAUCGAAAAACACACUACAACAACAAACGGUUCCUAUUCAGCCCACCUCAAUGAGGAAAACGUCUUCAGGUAGUGGAACUACCGCUAGACGGCCAUCUCUCGUUGAAAGACGGCUUUCAAUUUCUUCUUUAAGCCCAUCAAACGCGCUCACUAAAGCUUUAGGAAUUGCUUCUACUCGCCUCUUUGGCAAUCAGCAGUCAACAGGCCUCUCAGUUUCUCCCAAUUCAGGUGCUCAACCCCUUCUUACGCGCCAGGCAUUUCAUGAACUUACCGAAAACAUAAUAUUGUCAGCGGAUCACCAAGUGACUUUUUCCAAGAAAAACGAAAAUCGGUCUGAUUCAGAGAUGAUAGCUUUAUUAGAGUCGUUGGCCGCCAAAGCUUUCGUGAUUCACUCUUUUGCCGAGGUCAAAUUUUCACAGAUCGUACCACUUCCACCAUCCUCAUUGGGCGAUCCCUUUGGUAAAAGACUCAGUAGUGGUAGUUGUGCUAUCGAGGAAGAGGAGCAGUCUCCUGAUUAUUCAAAUGGGCGAAGCUCAAGCAAAAGAACUGGUUCGGACGAAAGUACUGAGCAGUGGGGGAAGCGUAACUCUAGCCAAAAUUCACACCCCGAUAUAACGUCCAAUGACAUGUUAGCUUGGGAGAUGCAGCAACUCUGUACCGAGGCUAUUCUGCUGUACAUGAAAGCGUUAUCUACGCUGGCAAGAGCAAUGCAAGCUACUUCUUCAUGGUGGUAUCGGUCCCAGGAGAAAAGCUGUUCACUCAAGCUGAACCUACUUGUACAGUGGCUACGUGAUAAAUUCAAUGAGUGCCUGGAGAGGGCAGAGUUCCUAAGGCUCAAGUUAGUGUCCACAGGCGCGUACCAACCCAAUGAUUCGACGAUCGAUUUGUCAAGGCUUGACGAGCUAAGAACUAGUGCCACUAAGGCAUUUGAAGCAGAAGCAGAUAGGGAGCCAGUGUUUUUGGAGAAGCUAAUCUAUGAUAGAGCGCUAGAAAUCUCUAAAACGGCCGCUAAAUUUGAAAUGCAAGGAGAGUACCUGAACAACUGCGAGAUAGCAUACGCAACGUCCCUUUGGAUGCUAGAAGCGGUUUUGGAAAAGGACGUUGCUGAGGAUGGCCUUGAUGAUUUUGGCUUCCAUACGACAGAUGCUUUAGACGAAGGAGACAUAUCGAUGAUCAAGAAAUAUAUCGACAGUAUAGCCAAUAGGCUGAAGAUUCUUCGCAGUAAGAUGCGAAACCUCAAUUCGAAAUGA